AUGGAAUUUGGUUUAGCUAUUGACCCCCCGUAUUUGUGCACACUUCACAAGGUGUACCUCAGACACUCCCUGAUUUGGUCCAUGGAUUUGAGUGUGUCGCAGAAACUUGAAUCUGUAGCUAGAAUCCAGCUUUGUGCUAAACAUGCUAGCACCGCCCACUUAGUCGCCACCACGAGGUCUCAAGAGGUGAGUUUUUAUAUUUACCGUCAAUUCGCUAUUUCUUUCUUAACGCUACUCUCUAAGUUCGAAAGCCCAGCAACUUCGUAUCUACACCGCAUCUUUCCGUACACUCUAAGGACACCACCGACACUCGCUCGUGAACUUUCGGCAAUUGAAGUAUGUGCGGAUUUAUGGAUUUUAAUGAGCCGUCGACUUCCGAAAUGUGGGCGCAGAUUUCUAGAUUCCUGCUUGCUCCAAUCUAUGCUUGGCUGCUGUUAUGAGGGAUCUUUUGAAGACAAAUUUGAGAAGUGUGAGCGCCAAGCCAGAGCCCGACAACAAAACAGGGAUCACUUUCACCUCCCAGAGGAUUCCGUAAUUAGUGACUCAACUUAUCUUCAUUUCGCCUUCGGGCACCCGAUCGUAGGGGCUGGCUUACCCCGCUUUGGCGGGGGUUGUUUUUGUAAUUCUUUGUGGGUAGUGGGUUCAAUUCACGAGGUUGCAGUGUUGAGGCCAUUGUUUUGGGAACUUCACCUUUCGUCGGUAGUUGGAGCCGCAUUGAAUCGCUCAGAUCAUACCGACACUGGACCGGUAUCAUAUCAUUGUAUUGGGAACAGACAUAUAUUGUAUACAUCAGUAGACCACUUGCAUGAGCUUGUUUUGUGUGCAGUAGUGCAUGGAGGAGUAGUUGAUAGCUGUCACUUGACGAGGCUUGGCGGUCGCUUUUAUUAUACUGCUGUGUGGCAUCAUUUCAUGCUCAAAAAAUCAAGGCAUGGCUGCAUUCGGGAGGGGCCUCGAGGACCUAGCAGCUGUGCCCAAGGCCUUAAUGAAAGCCAGACGAGAGGAUCAUGCGCUUGUCCCGGGCCCCUUUUCGAGGAUAUAACACCAAAGUCGAAAAUCAACAAUCCGGCUUUGGCAGAAGGUGAACGAUCGCGCAAAGCGCGAAUUGCGAGGAUUCGAAAUCCGCACAAUCGUUUGCCAAACCUUUCCAAGCCCGCGAACCUCCAGGUCGUUUGUGAAGAGCACGAGUUCAAGGUACGGAAAACGCUAUUGUCCUCUCAGUCGGAAUAUUUUUGGAAGGUUGAACAGCUCGACCGCGAAAGUAUGUACCCGUUUAGGCGGGAAAGAUCAAAUGCGACCUGA